UCAUUGGACGUAAAUUUUACAUUAGCGAUGUACCAUGAUUGUCACAAUUAUUGACAAAAGUUUAAAAUAAAUCUGGGAGUAUACUCGAAACACUUCGAAAUACUCGAAAUAAUUCGAAGCACAUGUACAUGAUUGUGGACCGACUUGAGCUUUCAAACUGGCAAGCGCGCCAUUUGUAAACAGCGCUGAAUUGAAUUUGGUUUACAGAAGCACUGAGCAAGUGACCGUUAUUUUCUGGCGUUUAAUAAAUUACGUCUGUUCCUCGUCGUUUUUAACCUUUCUUCUUUUCAUGAACGGUUAUUUUUUCGCAGCCGAUUGGCCGCAAAGCAAGACGCAUUGAACGCAAAACGAUAUUAUGUUGUGAGUAUUUUCGCAUCGAUUUUAAAAAUGACCUCUUACACACUGGAAGAGAUCUUGGAGAGACAAUGUGAGAAGUUACGGGAUCUCGAGACUGCAACGGUUUUUAUCAAAGGUAAAGAUGCAAUGAAAGAGGAGUUUCUUAAAAUGCGCACAGCAGUGUCGCAGAUGUGCAAUGGGAUAGAAACUAUAAGGCAGACAUUGAACAAAAUGACGAAGCAAAAUAAUCAGUGUAGAGAAUUAUUGUCACUCAUUGAAGCUCUGGACAAAAGGAUCAUCCAUAUGGAAAGGAAUAUUCCAUCUGAGUUGAUUCGUGAUUAUCACAAAACCGAGAGUUCCUUGGUAUCGAAUGUUAUCUCGGAAAAGGAAUUCAUGCAAGAAUCGCAUGCACUGAUAGAUGAAAACAGAACAGAAAAACAGGGGGAAACACCGAUGAGAGACUGUAAAAAGGUAUUGUUCAAUGAGCCCGAAGUUUGCCCUGCGAUAUCUCUGAUAGACAAAGAUGAAUUCAGUAAAAUACCAAAGUACAUUAUUGGACGGCAAUCUUUGGAAACUGUUAACAGUUUCAUAAAUAUCAUCAAUCAAAUAUUGAGAACGAAAUAUACAUUUUUGUCGCUGGGGAAAGCUCAUGCUAGGAAACAGGGCGAGUUGAAUCUUUAUUUACAUUUUAAAAAGCAAGAAAUGGACAUUUGCAAUGACAAUGAAUAUGUAUAUUUUUUCACUGGCACAGAUUACGAAAGGCAAGUGAAAUCCAAAUUGGACAAGUUGAAAUUAAAUUUAAUAACGGUUCUACGACACUGCAAACGAUUGCGGGAGCAUAGGAUAAAAAAUGAUGUGCGAUAUGUAAUAUUACUAAAAAAAUAAUCAAGUUAUAAUAAUAAAAACAUAUAGCAAAUGAAUUGUACAGAGAGAAG